GGCAAUUCACAAUAGAUUUGGGCCGCGUAUAUUGCUGUUUUGUUCUUGUGUUCUUAUUGAUUUUAAAAACAAAAUUUGCUUAUUUCGUAGUAAAAUGGAUAAAAUCGAACAAAAUGAUGGCACUAAUCGUGAUGAAUUGAUUAUGCAGCAACAACGCGAAAUCGAAAAAGAGAUAAGUGACUCGACACCAUUGGUAAGUGAACAACUGCCCAUAACUUGCCUUAAUGCUGAGUAUCUGGGUGAUGAAGUUUUCACAUCAAAAAUUCAAGAUCUUGCCGGCAAGUAUAAGUUCUUACGACGUACCCGCCCUGACGGAAAUUGCUUUUUUCGUGCAUUCGCUUAUGCUUACUUAGAGCAUUUAAUAUCCAACAAAGAUGAAUAUCUACGAUUCAAAGACUUGGCGGAAAAAUCGAAAGAUAAGCUAGUGCAGUUGGGAUUCCCUAGUUUCACGCUAGAGGACUUUCAUGAUACCUUUAUGGAAGUGGUUAAACGAGUAGACCCUGCAAGCGGUUCCACAGACCAAGUAUGUGACGAGCUGCAUAAAGUGUUCAAUGAGCAAGGUUACUCUGAUUAUGUAGUAGUCUAUUUACGCUUACUCACUUCUGGAAAGCUGCAAGAAGAGGCUGAUUUUUAUCAGCACUUCAUUGAAGGAAAUUUUACAAUUGAAGAAUUUCGUCAUCAGGAAGUGGAACCAAUGUAUAAGGAAUCAGAUCAUAUACAUAUUAUUGCACUCUGUACCGCUUUAGGUGUAGGCGUGCGCGUAGAAUAUAUGGAUCGGGGUGAUACGCAUGUAAAGGCGCACGACUUUCCAGAGGGUAGUACACCAAAAGUUUUUCUAAUUUAUCGACCGGGUCACUACGAUAUUCUGUAUCCCAAUUAAAAUCUAAACUUGAAGAUAUCAA